AAAAUGGGACGCCGGAAACAAGGCCACAUCAAAGCAGGUUCUUGUUGCUAAUCGAUCCCCCCCCUCCCUCUCCUCCACAGGGAACUAUGGCUUCCUGGACCAGAUCGCAGCUCUGAAGUGGGUCCAGAGAAACAUCCACGUGUUUGGAGGAGAUCCUGGGAAAGUCACCAUAUUUGGACAGAGCUCAGGUGGGACCUCUGUCUGGACCCUGAUGAUGUCCCCGCUGGCCAAAGAUCUUUUCCAUGCAGCGGUGGACAUGAGCGGCUCGUACGUCUAUAACGCGACGCUGGAACAGGCCGAGUCCGACAACCUGGUAUUUCUGAAUAAGACGACCUGCAAAGAUGUGGCCUGUCUCAGACGUCUCUCUGUCAGACAAGUCCUGCAGGCCAUCCCGUGGCAGGACUACCCCUCCUGGGCAGCAGAUGAGCUGGUGGACAUUCCCACUAAAGGUCAGCGUAUCGGCCCGGUCGCAGUGGUGGACGGAUACGUCCUCGAAGCUCCACCUUUUGAGGUUUGGGAGAAAGCCGGAACCCACAACGACGUCCCUUUCCUCGUGGGGACGACGGCGCAGGAGGUCGACUUCAGCCCUCCAGCUGAAAACAUCUCAAUGUGGACGUGGGGCGACUACCAGUGGUUUGUAACAGAUAAACUUAAGUCCUUCAGCGAGAAUCUCCCCAAAGAGGCGUUGAAGCUUUACCCGAGCUCGGCCAAGUGUCCCACCAAAGAUCGCUGCCCGGAGCGAGCUUACACCACCAUGGUGUCCGACAUCAGGGUCACCUGCCCCAACAACGACCUGGCCAGGAGGGCUGCAGCGGUUCUGAACAGUCCUGUGUAUCGAUACGUGGUGACUCAUACGCCGUCCGGACCCGUCAACACAACCAGCGAUUUGCUGCCGUUCCCCAGCCGGUUCUCCUUCCACUGCCUGGACGCCGUGGCUUUCUUCGGAGGGCUGGAGCUCUUCCUGGGAAAACCUUUGUCUGCUGAGGACAGGAACUUCCAGGAUCUCAUCACACGGCGCUUCGUCAGCUUUGCCAAAACAGGUAAGAUGGAGACCGAUUGGCCUGAAUACCCAGCAGCCACCGCUCUUCUGUCCCACAACUUAACGGUGGUCCCGAGCUACUCGCCGGCUCAGUGUGAGCUGUGGAAGCGGAGCGGCCUGUUUGACUACGCCUGGAUGAACUGAGCACAACAGCUCAAAGUCACUUUGUUGUUGCAGCUCAGAUCCUGCAGCAGCCGUUCCACUGGCUGUGAGUGUGAAACCUCACCGGAAAUCCUACACUUUGUUGUUCUGAAGUCAUUGUAUUGUACUGAAGUGUAACAACAGCCACAUUUUCUCACUUAGCCCCUGGUGGUAUCUCUCCAUGCAGAUAUUUGUGUCUAGAUUUACCCUGAUGCAAAUCAGGUGAAUGAAAUAUCAUUUAUGAAUCUGACGGCAGUGAAAAACGAGCUUUUAUUGCAUUAAAACAUUCAACAGAAAAGUGCCUUUCCAGAAACAAUGCUGUUAUUUUAAAAGACACAGACAGUUGAACCUGUUUGUAUAAAAUACCACUGGAGGAAAGUGUUUUUUGUGUUUUAAUUUGGGUGUAUCUGCCCUUUAGCAGGUUUCGUGUGAUGUACAGCAAACCUGAAUACUCAUGAGGGAAGCGUGUAGACCAAAGUGAGCUGUGCAGUGGAGGUAAUGUGAUUUGUGAAGGGUUUAGAGGAAAGAGGAAGUUAUUUUUAUGCAAUGUCAGUGUGUAAUAUGAGGCAUCCUGUGUUGGAAAGUUACAAUUAAGGAAAUAUAUCAUCCAGAAUAUUUAAAACAAGUAAGAAGUUUUAUUUCUGUAAUCAUCAGGAAAAAAAGCAUCAUCAGAUCUGUCCGACCAGCUCAAACAAGGACGCUUUGAGUUAAAAACAGUUCUCCAGUUAUCGCUGUAAUGCCACUUUUGCAGGAAGUCUGACAAGCAGCAGAGUUAAACAUGUAGAAAUCUGCUGUCCUACUGACCCCAAACUCUAUCAUUUAAAACAGGCGACACACGGCAGCCUCAAAGUAGUCGUUUGGCUUUUUAGGAUUUCAUCAGGGGUCAAACACUUUAACAUUCCUCCUGUUUUAUAGAGUUUUAUAGAAAUCACACUAUUAAGGGAAAGAAAUGUUGCUGUAUCUGCAAAAAUAUUACAUCAGGAAGGAGUAAUAUUUGUUGUUAAAUAUUAAAAUGAUGCUAAAACAAAAAUACGUUCAGAUGGUAGAUGUUUGAAGUUACCGCCUCAAAAGCUUAAAGGGAAUUCAACACGUGCAAAGUUUAAUAACGAAGACGUCCAGUUGUGUUAUUGUUAUGUGGAUUUCUGUGGUCUAAUCAGGGAAAAUUUCGAUGUGUGAAGUGGAUUUAAGAAGGAACGCUUGAUUUGUGUAGUUGUUAUUGUAGCCUGUGGACUCGCUUACGAGCUGCAGGACGUCUGCUUUGUGAAUUUUGUCGAGUUCUGCUGUUUGCACUGAUUCAUAACGCUUGGCCACUAAGUAUUUGCACUUUCCUGUGGACUCGUGCUAUCACUUGUAUGUUUUAUUUGAAGUCAUAAUUAACCGAAGCUAACCUGUUUAUUCAUUCCAUUUUUUUUUUGUUUUGUGUGAAGCUUAACCAAAUUUACACACAUCUUUAUUUUAACUAAAUUACAGAUGAAGUUACAUUUUUAACCACUUGUUAGCUUUGCAUUGUGUUUUUUUGUUUUUUUUUAUGGUUUGCAGACACUCAGGCAUCAUAUUUUGCUGUGUUGAUGCAGUGAAAUUCACCCUUUAUAUGCUUAAUAAACUGACACCAUGUGAAGUA